AUGGAUUCUGGAUGGCAACCCUAUCAGGAUCCCCUGAUGGGCCGUCCCGCGCAGUUCAAUACCGGAUUGGCUGCCCAUCCCCAGCAAGCCUCGAAGUACGGUCAGCCACCACAGUCACAGCCCCCCGUCGGAUACACCUACGAGACAUUUCAAACUCCUGGCACUUCGUCCAAGGCCCCUUCCACCGGCCCAAACUCCAAACCGGUAUCCAUGGCCUCGUCUCCUACCGCCACGCCACGUAGUCGGGAUUAUGUCACCGAUGCCGAUACCACCAUGGAGGACGCCGACCCCUACAACCGCGCCAAGUACCCAUCGAGGCCAAAUCAUCACAGUCGCGCCUCGUCCCAAUUUCUUGCGCAGACUGAAGAAUCCUCGGCCGCUCGCAGGUACUCGCCGAUGAACGCUCUGUCGCCGCCCAUGUCAUACCCAACGAGCCCCGGGAAGCAGGGCUCCGGCUCAUACUUCUCGCCCUCGUCAAACCAGUCACGACGGUCGCCGGGUCGAGCGGGAGACUACUCGUCUCCGCCGCAGGGCUAUCAAUCGCCGCCUUGUGAGCGAUCAUUUUGUCCUGUUGCACAUGAGUCUCUGUCGUCCGACCUCAGUCCCGAUCAGUACUAUCCACCUUCCGCGGGCUCUCACCUUGGGAGUGCAUUUGCGCCUGAAAAUCGAUCCCCACGUUCCGGCUCCUUGCCGUCCCAAGUUCCGGGCCGAGGUCCAGUUCCCAAGUUCAAGAAGGUCGAGUCGGUGCAGAGUCUCAAGGGUCGGGUUCACGACCAGCCGGCUUAUCGACGGGCAAACCCAGAGGGUGGCUUCAUCAGCCCACUUCAUGCCUUGACUAGUCACCUCCCCGCGACCUAUCGUAUUUGCAACCCGAACUUCAACUACGAGUCAUCCAGAAACCCGCGCCGAGUUUUGACAAAGCCUAGCAAGGGUACCAAGAAUGAUGGCUACGAUAACGAGGACAGUGACUAUAUUCUCUACGUGAACGACAUUCUGGGCAGUGAGGAGGCCGGUCACAAGAAUCGCUACCUUAUUCUCGAUGUAUUAGGCCAGGGCACCUUCGGUCAGGUCGUGAAAUGUCAAAACCUGAAAACCCAAGAGGUUGUGGCGGUUAAGGUUAUCAAAAAUAAGACCGCCUAUUUCAACCAAAGCAUGAUGGAAGUCUCCGUCUUGGAUCUGUUGAAUAGCAAAUACGACAAGAAUGACGACCAUCAUCUCCUUCGUUUGAAGGACACUUUCAUCCAUCGCCAGCAUCUUUGUCUUGCAUUUGAAUUACUCAGCGUUAACCUUUAUGAGCUCAUCAAGCAGAACCAGUUCCGAGGACUGAGUACAACACUUGUCCGUGUGUUUGCGCAACAGUUAUUGAAUGCUCUCAGUCUCUUGAACAAGGCCCAUUUAAUCCACUGUGAUCUGAAACCAGAGAAUAUCCUCUUGAAGAAUCUUGAAAGCCCAAUCAUCAAGGUCAUCGAUUUCGGCUCUGCGUGCGACGAACGCCAGACUGUCUACACAUAUAUUCAAUCACGGUUUUACCGUUCACCAGAAGUUCUGCUUGGUCUCCCGUAUUCAUCUGCAAUCGACAUGUGGUCUCUUGGAUGCAUUGUCGUCGAGCUCUUCCUGGGGUUGCCUCUGUUUCCUGGCUCUUCCGAAUAUAAUCAAGUCUGUCGAAUUGUCGACAUGAUGGGUUUGCCUCCAGCAUGGAUGUUGGAGAUGGGUAAACAAUCGGGCGAAUUCUUCGAGAAAACGCAGGACGAAUUUGGGCGAAAGACCUACCGUCUCAAAAGUCUGGAGCAAUACUCAAGGGAGCACAAUACCAAGGAACAACCCAGCAAGAAGUACUUCUCUGCCUCGACACUGGAGGAGAUUAUUCGAAGCUACCCCAUGCCGAGGAAAAAUAUGAAGCAGAAUGAGGUCGAGCGAGAGUUGAACAACCGCGUUGCCUUCAUUGAUUUCGUGCGCGGUCUCCUGUCCAUCAAUCCCCUUGAGCGAUGGUCGCCCCAACAAGCCAAACUGCACCCAUUCAUCACACAACAGAAGUUCACUGGUCCAUUCGUUCCCCCAAUGAAUUUGAAGUACGCAACUAUCAAUAAGACCGUUGCUCCAGGUGUCCAGCAACAGCAACAAGCGGAAGCUACUAGCAAGCAGAGAGCAGCUCAAGCAGCGCAGGCACAGCCCCCCCGCCUCCCCCCCAUGUACAAUGGAAUGUAUCAGCAGCAGGGUGGAGUUCCGCCGCCGCCUUACCCCACACAGCCUCCUGGGUAUACUAGCCAUCAGAUGGGUAUGAUUCCAGGUGGAACCCCUGGUCAAAUUCCCCAGCCGCAAUAUGGUCCAGGACAGAGUCUAUAUGCCCAAGCAACAACGCGGGCUGGUCGACAACGUGCAUCAACCAUGGAUCCACAAGGUGGCAUUCCUCCGACGAUCCAACGUGUGGCGAGCCACCUUGAUCCCAAUGCUCCGAUUCGCUUACAGCCUAGCCCUGCUUACUAUCCACCUCCUCCCGAUGGUUACGUGGACGCCAAUGCUCAACGUCGUCGUGGUAGCCGGACCGGAGGAACCAGCAAUAGCAGUAGCAAUGGCAACGGCAGUGGGAAUCAAAGAAAUCGAGACUUUAUCCGCACCCUUGAAGAUGGGGUUCUGGGUGAAAGUUAUAUGGGCCAAAACCAGUGGCACUAA